CAUCUUACAUCCAUAACAGGAGCUGUUAUUGUUGUGCCAUCAAGUUACGGUGGUUCACUGACUGUGUGGUACAAAAUCUUAGCUCUUGUCGUUAACAAAUAAACAGCUGUUUGUAGAAUUAGCCAACUGAAACAUUUUGCCUGAGAACAUUGGGACACCGCGCAGACACUCGUCCCGCAGACCCGUUGACCCACUGGACCCGAUGGUCGUUUUUUCCCCUACUGAUCUUUUGUCCAAUUCCAAAGGUUCUCUGUGUUGUGCCUCUCGGAGCCUAUCUGCUGUUGUUACAUUCAAGAGCAACAAUGUCACGUUGGAAGGAUAUGAAUAAGGAUGAGCUAGAGAGGCAGUUUUCGCCCAGCCAAUGGUCGCACAGAAUGUCGGCAGACGACGUUAUCAAAUCCCACGUGACGGCGCUCAAAGAAGGUACGGAGCGUGCCCGUGGCCUGGCCCAAACCCUCCUCAACGUUCCCUAUGGAGAAGGAGAGGGGGAGAAACUAGACGUCUAUGUUCCCACCACCACUUCUCUAGAUGUCCCACUGGUAAUCUACCUCCAUGGAGGCUACUGGCAGUUCCUUAGUAAGGAGGAGUCCGGGUUUAUGGCUGUCCCAUUGGUCCAUAAGGGCGUCGUGGUGGUCGCCGUGGGUUACGACAUCGCUCCCAAAGGGAACAUGGAUUUGAUGGUGUCUCAGGUGCGGAGGAGUGUGGUGUCCGUCAUUCAACAGUAUUCACACAUUAGUGGUCUGUACCUGUGUGGCCACUCUGCGGGGGCCCACCUGGCUGCUAUGAUCCUUUCUACAGACUGGUCUCAGUACAGUGUGACCCCUCAGAUCAAAGGUGCGUUCCUGGUCAGUGGUAUAUAUGACCUCCUGCCCAUCCUAUCCACCUAUGUCAACGAGCCUCUGAAGAUGACAGAAGAGGUGGCUCUGAGGAACAGUCCUAGUCAGCUGGUUCCGCAGCUCAAACUCUCCUCCUCCAACUGUGACAUCGUGGUUGCCGUGGCGCAGAAAGACUCGCCAGAGUUCCGGAAGCAGUCGGAGGACUACUACAAAACUCUGGAGUCAACAGAAGGACUGAAGGUAACAUUGGAGGACGUUCCAAACACAGAUCACUUCAACAUCAUCGAGCAGCUAGUCGACGGAGACUACCACCUCACUCAGCUGCUGUUAAAGAUGAUGGGGAAGAGCUAAAGAGAUACAGGGACACCAGCCAAUCAAUGAAGAGAUACAGGGACACCAGCCAAUCAUUGAAGAGAUACAGGGACACUGGCCAAUCAUUCAUUUACAUAUCAACCACAAACACCUCUGUUCUGAACCACAUCUAGAGGCACCACGCACCAGUUAUUAUGGACUGAUGGCUAUUGGCUAAACAAGGUGGUUAGGUAACAGGUAUUGUGUUUUGUGUUACAGAACCUCCGGGGUGAAGAUUCCCUUAGUUACAGUUCUUGGAUCAGUUUUUGAUUCCUCUUAACUUGAACUAUUAGUGGGAAAAAAUGCUAAACUGACCCAAGAUCCGCGUAUAGGGGCAUCUUCACCCUGCUCCGUUACAAAAAGCUAUCGCCUGGAGUUCUUCCUGGUUCAAGUCAUGACCAGGAAAUACUCCAGGAAAUACUCCAGACCCUGCUUUAUGUCUUAUAGAAAGGUGGGCAAUCAUUUUGUCUCAAAGGCCGCAUCGAUAUUUUCUAAAUUCCGAGGAUGGCCGCACAGAUUUUUUCCCCGGACCGAUUUGUUCGUCAAAAACAAUUUGUGGGCCAGAAAAAGGGAAGUUAUUUAACUUUUAGGUCCAAUAUAAUCUCUACAUACUUUCUCAUUUUAAACGUUCAAGAGCCAUGUUCCCUCUAAGCUGCCACUUCCUCCAGGACUGCUGCGUAGAAGGUCUUUUGAGAGUGUGUUUGUGUUAGAGAGGCACAUGGUUUUGUUUGGUCUCUCCUGUGUUAGUCUCUUGUGGUCGGCUACCUCAGUAAGUCCUCAGACUGGCUGAUAACCCCAUAAUGAUGCAUCCUACUCUCCUUACCUACACAGCCAACCUGUUGACAUCUUUUUCUUUAUUUAACUAGGCAAGUAAGUUUAGAACAAAUUCUUAUUUACAAUGAUGGCCUACUUGUAAAGCUCUUAGGAAUAUUUUAGGGAAAUAGUCAAACUGAUCCUGGACCAGCCAAAGUUUGAAAACAUAUUAUGUGUCCCAAAUUGCAUCCUUAUAUAGUUCACUAGUUUUAACCAGGUCUAUUUCACUAGGUAGGGUAUAGGGUGCCAUUUGGGACUGAAGCAUAGCCUGCCAGGAUAAAGUAGCAACACUUGUUUCCAGAGCGAGCGAGAUAGCUAAUCAGUUAACCAAUCACUAUGCACAAAUUAAUAUUGUCUUCAUGGCAAUUUUGCCAAUGGCCAGUCGAUUUCACCGCUUGUUUUAGUGGCACAGUGUAGCUGAUAACGCGCCGACAGUGGCACUUUUUUGUUUCUUUGUAUUGUUACAUCACUUCCUGUGUUUGUUUCUAAACCUCUCUGGACCAUAGAAAUAGUCCACCCAUUAUGACAUCAUUGACUUGAAUAAGGAUGCCUGUUCUCUGAACCAUAGAAAUAGUCCACCCAUUAUGACAUCAUUGACUUGAAUAAGGAUGCCUGUUCUCUGAACCAUAGAAAUAGUCCACCCAUUAUGACAUCAUUGACUUGAAUAAGGAUGCCUGUUCUCUGAACCAUAGAAAUAGUCCACCCAUUAUGACAUCAUUGACUUGAAUAAGGAUGCCUGUUCUCUGAACCAUGUUGACUGGGAAUCUUUCCCCACUAUGUUGUUCACCUGUUAUUCUAAUUUAAUUGACCUGCCAUUAGAACCAGGGUUCAAAUUAUACAUGGCCUCUUGGGGGUGCAUGAACGGUGAGGGUGUUCAAUCUGCCCCCCCCGUAAUUCAAACCCUGGUUAUUUUCUAAAGGACAUGAACAGGGUCUGGACUUCUCGUGUUAACAUUAAGUACAUGACAUGAAUUGCAAUCAGUAUGAAGAAAGGUGAAUGUUGGCAUUCAAUAGGGUACGUCUCGAAUGGUGAAACGCAGUGCACUUUUUUAGGGAAAAGGUUACCAUUUUGGACAUAUGUCAAAUUGACCUAUAUAAUUGUCAGAUGUGUGUUACACAUGGAAUUAAUUGUAACAUGUACCCCAAAAUAACCGUUUGACACUUGAAUUUGUCAAUCUAGAACUAAGGAAUACUGUAUUUUGUUUAUUAUUCUACCCUAAUAUGAAAUUGUCAAUCUAGAUUUGCACACUAAAAUGUAAUAAUGGUUUUAUGUGGGUCAUUAUGCUUCUUUGUCUAGUAGCCUAAAUGCUUGUUUACAUUAUUGUUUACAUGACUAGUAAUAAUGUUGGUGGGAGAAUUAUGUAAAAUAUCACAAUAAAUGUGUAUGUCAUAGAA